UUGAGAACUGGUAUCAUGUUUGAGAGUGUCAGUGAAGAUGGUGAAGGCCAUCGCAAGGAAAUUCUCAGGGAAGUUGAUGUUCGGAACUUGGGAAGCAGCCAAAGACAGAAGUUCAUUGAGAAAGUUUUCAAAGUGGUUGAAGAAGACAAUGAUCAGUUCUUGAGAAAAUUGAGAGCUCGUAUAGAUAGAGUAGGGAUUAGGAUCCCAACGGUAGAAGUUGGGUUCGAAAAUCUGACAGUAAAUGCUGAGUGCUUAGUUGGUGCGAGAGCACUUCCAACACUUUCGAACUCAGCCAUGAACUUCUUGGAGGCAGUGUUGGGCAUGGUUGGAUUAUCAUGGACUAAAAAGACAAAACUAACUAUUCUUAAGAAUGUUAGUGGAAUUGUAAAGCCAUCCAGAAUUACCUUGUUAUUAGGCCAACCUGGAUCUGGAAAGUCUACUCUGCUUUUAGCCUUGGCUGGAAGAUUGGACAAGAAACUAAAGGUAAGUGGUUCUGUAACUUACAAUGGGCAUCCACUGGAGGAGUUUGUCCCUCAGAAAACAUCUGCCUACAUAAGUCAAAAUGAUCUGCAUGUAGGAGCCAUGACUGUUAGAGAGACCUUGGAUUUCUCUGCAAAAUGUCAGGGUGUUGGUCAGAAAUAUGCAAUUCUCUCCGAGCUGGACAGAAGGGAGAAACAAGCUGGAAUUUUGCCUGAUACUGAAGUAGAUCUCUUCAUGAAAGCAACAUCCGUGGAAGGUGUCCAGAGUAGCCUUCAGACAGAUUACGCUCUCAAGAUUCUUGGUUUGGAUAUAUGUGCAGAUACAGUAGCAGGAGAUGAAAUGUUUAGAGGAAUUUCAGGUGGACAGAAGAAACGUCUCACGACUGGUGAGAUAAUUGUUGGACCAAAAACUACUCUUUUCAUGGAUGAAAUUUCCACAGGCCUGGACAGUUCUACGACGUAUCAAAUUGUUAAAUGUCUGCAGCAAUUUUGUUCCCAUAUGAAAGCAACCAUUGUCAUGUCUUUGCUGCAACCUGCACCAGAAACAUUUGAAUUGUUUGACGACAUAAUACUCCUUUCAGAAGGACAGGUCGUCUACCAUGGGCCGAGGAAAUACGUGCUUGAAUUUUUUCAAAAUUGUGGAUUCAGAUGCCCCGAGAGAAAGGGUGCUGCAGAUUUCUUGCAGGAGGUGACUUCAAUGAAGGACCAAGAGCAAUAUUGGACUGACAGGAGAAUACCAUAUCGCUAUAUCUCUGUAAAGGAAUUUGCGGAUAUGUACAAGAGGUUUCGUGAAGAUAGAAGGCUCUCCAGAAAAUUAUCUGUACCAGACAACAAGGUUUCUAGGCGCAAACAAUCUCCGAUAUUGAGUAAAAGCCUAAUUCCUAAAAUGGAGAUCUUCAAGAUCUGCUUUGCUAAAGAAUGGCUUCUUCUCAAACGCAAUUCCUUCAUUUACAUAUUCAAGGCUGUACAAAUUAUUUUCGUAGCAUUUAUAGCAACUACAGUGUUCUUGAGAACACGAAUGCACCAACGAGAUGAGCAGGAUGCAAAUUUAUAUCUUGGGGCUCUCUUUAGUGCCCUGAUGACAAACAUGUUCAAUGGCAUGGCUGAGCUUCCACUAACACUUGCCAGACUACCCGUAUUUUAUAAACAACGGGACCUUCUGCUAUAUCCUGCAUGGGCUUUCUCUCUUCCCUCCCUUUUGCUGAGUAUUCCAAUAUCAUUUCUGGAGUCAGCUGUUUGGAUUGCCAUUACCUAUUAUGGAAUAGGACUUGCCCCUGAAGCUGUCAGGUUUUUCAGGCAUUUUCUUAUCCUAUUUCUGGCACAUCAGAUGUCAUCUUCUCUUUUCAGAUUUUUAGCAGGACUUUGUAGAACAACGACAGUAUCCAAUAUUGGAGCAGCACUCACUUUGCUACUAGUUUGUCUGUUUGGAGGAGUCAUCAUUACCAAAGAUAACAUACCCAAGUGGUUGAGAUGGGGUUACUGGUGUUCUCCGCUAUCGUAUGCACAAACUUCCAUUGUUUUGAAUGAGAUGCUUGAUGCCAGAUGGAAUAAAGUGAGUUUCAAAUCUUCACCAAACUUGGCUCUUGGUUUACUUGAGAGGCGUAACAUCAACCCCAACGCAGACUGGUAUUGGAUAGGAGCUGCAGCUUUAUUGGGGUUUUCUGUACUCUUCAAUUUUUUAUUCACUAUAUCGCUUGCAUAUCUGAAUCCUCUUGGCAAGCAUCAGGUUAUAAUAUCGGAAAAAAUGCUCACACAAGUCUCCGGGCCUGAAGAUGUUGCACAAGACCAAAAGCUCCAAUUCGGUCAAUCAAAAUCUAAAAGGGCACCAUCUAAAACAUCUGCCACCAAAAAUGGAAAAGGCGCAAAAGAAAUGCAGAUGCAUCAGAUGAACAGGAGGUCAACCAAAACAGAAAUCAUUUCAACAGAUUUGGAUGUAGAAACUGGCGGUUUGAAAAAACGAGGAAUGGCUCUUCCUUUCAAACCAUUGGCAAUGUCUUUUACUAAUGUGAAUUACUUCGUUGACAUGCCUCGGGAAAUGAAAGAACAGGGAGAAACAGAGGAUAAACUUCAACUACUUCGUAAUGUAACAGGGGCAUUUAGGCCAGGAGUUCUCACAGCGUUGAUGGGGGUUACUGGGGCUGGAAAGACGACACUAAUGGAUGUUUUGGCUGGAAGGAAAACAGGAGGAUAUAUUGAAGGGGAUAUUAGGAUCUCUGGAUUUCCCAAAAAGCAAGAAACAUUUGCUCGAAUCUCUGGUUAUUGUGAGCAGACUGAUAUUCAUUCUCCACAAAUAACAGUGAGAGAAUCCUUACUAUAUUCUGCAUUUCUUCGUCUUCCAAAAGAGGUUGAUAACAACACCAAAACUGCCUUUGUAGAUGAGAUUUUGGAGCUGGUAGAGUUGGAAGGUUUAAGGGAUGCAUUGGUGGGUCUUCCCGGUGUAACUGGUUUGUCAAUAGAACAAAGAAAAAGGUUAACAAUUGCUGUGGAGCUUGUUGCAAAUCCAUCUAUUAUUUUCAUGGAUGAACCAACUUCAGGACUAGAUGCCAGAUCAGCAGCUAUUGUCAUCAGAACUGUACGCAAUACAGUUGAUACAGGAAGAACCGUUGUCUGUACCAUUCACCAGCCUAGCAUUGACAUUUUUGAAUCUUUCGAUGAGUUGCUCCUAAUGAAAACAGGUGGUCAAGUCAUCUAUGCAGGACCCUUGGGUCAAAACUCUGAAAAGGUAGUUGAGUAUUUUGAGGCUUUUCCUGGAGUGCCAAAUAUAAGUUAUAAGCAAAAUCCUGCUACAUGGAUGUUAGAAGUGAGCUCUGGUACUGUUGAACAGUUUCAUGGAAUAGACUUUGCAGAACGCUACAAGAACUCAACUCUCUAUAAGAGGAAUAUAUCUUUAGCAGAAGAGCUGUGUAAUCCACCUCCUGGUGCAAAAGAUCUUCAUUUUCCAACCCAAUUCUCACAAUCUUUCUUUGAACAGUUCAAAUUUUGUUUGUGGAAGCAAAAUUGGUCAUAUUGGAGAAGUCCAGACUACAAUAGCAUUAGAAUUCUAAUAAGUUUUGUGGUUGGUGCAUUGGUUGGAUCUAUAUUUUGGCAGCUCGGAGGAAAACAGGAUAACAAUACAAAUAUCUUUAAUAUCAUAGGGGGCAUGUAUUCAGCAGUGUUGUUCAUAGGAGUGAUGAAUUGUCAAACAGUACAGCCUUUGGUUGCAGUCGAGAGAAUAGUUUUCUAUAGAGAAAGAGCUGCAGGAAUGUAUUCUGCAAUACCCUAUGCUUUGGCACAGGUGACCAUUGAGAUUCCAUACACCAUAUUCCAGACAGUUGUUUACACCAUCAUAGUCUAUGGCAUGAUUGGUUUCAAAUGGACAAUUCCCAAGUUCUUGUGGUUUUUCUUCAUCAAUUUCAUUUCAUUUCUCUAUUUUAUCUAUUAUGGGAUGAUGACAGUCUCAAUCACACCAAACCUACAAGUGGCUACAGUUUUGGCUGGAGCUUGUGUUUCUCUAUUUGGCCUAUUUUCAGGAUUUUUCAUUUCUAGAAAGAAAAUUCCACCAUGGUGGGUUUGGUAUUACUGGAUCUGCCCAUUAGCUUGGACGGUUUAUGGACUCAUUGUUUCACAGUACGGAGACAUCACUGACCUCAUAGAAGUAGAUGGGAAGAAACAAGGAGAGCCGCUAAAUAAGUAUUUAGCGGAUUAUUUUGGAUUCGAUAAUGAUUUUCUGAGUACUAUAGCUGUGGUUCUUGUGGGCUUCACAUUUUUCUUCGCAUUUAUUUUUGCUUUUUGUAUAAAAGUCUUGAAUUUCCAGCAUAGAUAA